UUAUUUUGUAAGUUUUUUUUUUUUUACAGAAAAAAUAGAGAUAAAUGGAUUUUUGUUUAAAGCAUUUUCACACGAGGGGAGAGAUUUGUUUGGGUACUUUGCAUCAAAUAUAACUCUAACGAGGAGAGAAUUGCUGGGAAAAGGUUUGUGUGAAGGAACUUCUCCCUCCUGCAAGGUGACAGAGGUGACAUCUGAUGUCAAAGCUUUCUAUGUUCUGGACAGUUUGUUUGUAACUCUGACAGGCCAUAUGGAUUUGGAGCUUUGCUGUUCUGCACAGAUUGCUGUGGCACCUUUCCAGAGCUGCAGUCCUUAUUCUUGCGUAGCCCCAAUGUGUGGGAAUCAAGUUAAUCUUUCCAGUGCUUUGUCUCUUGGCGUCACAACAGUGCGUAAUUCACGCGUGGCAUUGCCUAAAUUCAGUACCUGGGUCUUAGGUGUAAUGUUAAUAGUGUCCUGGCUGAACCUUUGUGCUGGUUUCUGUCAGUAAGAGACACAAACUGGUAAUUCCUGAUAGAACAUGAGUGCACAAUUUUGCAAUUCUUGCUCACCUGUAGCACCCCAAAAUACAGAUUGCCAUGAAGUCCUCUGCAGGUGGUGUUCUGAUUUGCUCUUCCCUACAUUCUCCCUUCCUAAUGUCACUUCCAGCAUCUCAUUACUCCAGACCCAAGGCUGAGCCAGAUCCUGGGGAGUCUUCUGUGAUGAAAACACACAAGGCCUAAUUUAAAAAUAAAAACAACUGCAUAAAACCAAUACAAACCAAACACUUUCAGUUCAGGCAGCUUAGUGACCAGAGGAUGCUCUGCUUAAACAAUUAGGCUCCUUAUCCCAUCAGCAUGUCUGAUGGAACAGGCCAACCGCUUAAGCUACGAUUAUCUUAAAGCUGUCCAAGUCAGCUGCUUGUCUGACACUGCAAGAAUUUAAAGAGCUGAGCAGUAGAUAAGGAGACUGCAAAGCAGCAGCCCUGUUCUCCCUGCCCUGCGAGGAGAGAUCUCCAUGAGUUCAUCUGACGCAAGAAAUCAGGCAGCAGCAAUGAACUACCUGGAUGAAAUUCCCUUCCGGACGGCCAUGAGCCUCAAUGGGGGUUCAGAGGAAGAAAUCACUUUAGUCACUGCCCCAGACAUUGAGCUCCCUGACUGCACUGACAUCCUCAUGAGCACCAUGCACGACUUCUCGCUGGAAAGGAAAGUGCUGUACUGGGUGGAGGUGGCUUCUCAGCAGCAAACCUCCCGCCAUCGAGUCACCUCCGAAGUUGUCCCCACGGCUCCCCCGUGCUGGCUGCUGCUGGUGGACCCUGCCGACAGCUACGGAGGGCGGGGUCGGGACGGGGCUGUGCGGCGCUCCAUCAGCCUGAGCGCUGCUGACAGCUCCUACGGGCACACCAAGGGCAGGGCGGUCCUGUCCGACACCGAGAGCGACACCUGGCACUCAGAGGAGGGUGAGUACUCGGAUGAUGAGUACUCCUCAACAUCUUGGGAAGAGAAUGACAAGGAUGAAACGCUUCUCUCCAGGAGGAGAAGCUCUGCGAGAAGUGUGUCUUCACGCCAUGGCUUUUACCAGACCCGACCAAAGACAUCACCCGGCUUGCUGGAGCCCUCGCCAGAGAACAAUGUCCAUAGCCCAGCCAGCCCAGACCCCAGCAAGCAGAGAAGAUCCAUGGUGAUAUUUAACAACAUGAAGAAUGAGCUGGAAGCUGCCAGGAGGAAGCUGGCUGCUUUGGUGCAUCCUUUGAACAGAGCUGCCACAGGGAGCAGAGUGAUCCCGGUGCGGCGACUGCUCCCCCAGUGCCCUGGCACCAACCGCAGCGUCAAAUACGGGCCAGAUCUGGACGUGUCCCAGCAGGGGACAGUUGGGCCAACUCCUCCGGCCACAGUCACGCCAAUCCCUCCCAUCAAGCAGCACAAGCCCACGGUACCGUCCCUCAGCCCCUACACUUGCCUACCCCCUGCCUCCACGCCUGGACAACCUCUCAGCUGCCACAGAUCCCAGCCAGAUUCCUCGGCUGACCUGCUCUCUGCACUAAGCCAAGAAGAGCGAGACCUCAUCGAGCCUGUCAUAGCCCUGGGCUACCCCACCCAGAAAGCCAUCCUCACCCUCCAGAAGACAGGAAGGCAAAGCUUAAGUCAGUUCCUGAGCUACCUGGGUGCUUGUGAUUGGCUGCUGAAGCAGGGCUAUGAGGAAGGGCAGGUGGAGGAAGCCAUGGAAAUGUUCCAGUACUCAGAGAAAAAGGCAGCUGAAUUCUUGCAUCUGUUGGCUCAGUUUAAUGAUAUGGGCUUCCAGCAAAAUGAAGUCAAAGAAGUUCUUUUGCUUUGUGGGAAUCAGAGAGAGAGGGCACUGGAAGAGCUUGUGAUGAAAACCCACUGAGCAGCAUCCUGGAGCAGUCACAGCUUCCUCUCUCCACACCAAACCAGAAGGACUCAGGUUAUUCUGCUGCUCCAUCCCCACCCCUGGAAGCACCAGACACACAACUUC